GAUUGUACAAAUGUAAGAAAAUUUUGAUUUUGAUUUUGAUUUUUUAUGCAUAAGUUUUUUUUUUUUUUUUGGGACAAGAUAAAAGAAUAAAUAUGAACUAAAGAAUCAAAUAUUAAAAAAGCGGGGCUUCCAGAUCAAGAAGUCCCAUCCAAUUGUAUUCAUGGUCUCAUUAUCCACCAGUCAUAUGGAUUCUUCUCUCGUCCGCAUUACUAUGUUAACGACGAUGGGAAACCUGUGUUCCUCGUUAUCCACCUCUCAUUCCCCUGAUUUUACCUUCUCAUUCUAACAGUGAGGACUCCUCCACUUCCACCAAAAUCAACCUCCCUACCUGCUCUUUCUGCAUAUCGUAUUCGACGUAGAAAAUGUCCUUGUGCUUUUCUUCCAAUCUACUCACACUUCAUUCCCCCAAGCAUCAGAGGUUCUCGAUAAGUUUGUCUUCUGAAUCCUCUCAGUUCGUCAAGUUCUUUCGGGUAAGUUCAGUUCCUUAUGCUUUACCCUCCUUCCGACGAGAAUUAUACGAACCGCUUAAAGUUAGCAGAGAAAGACUGAAACUUUUAGCAUCUCUAACUCCAUCUGAAGCUGUAGAAACCGCCCCAUCUGUAUUUAGAAACAAAGCCCCAAAAGACAUCAAGGUCUUGGUUGUGGGUUCCACUGGGUACAUUGGGAAAUUCGUGGUUAAAGAGUUGGUAAGCAGAGGCUUUAAUGUCAUGGCCAUUGCUAGAGAGAAAAGUGGAAUUAGGGGCAGAAAUGACAAAGAAACGACCUUGGCUGAGUUGAAAGGAGCUAAUGUGUGCUUCUCAGAUGUGGCCAAUUUGGAUGUUUUGGAGAAAUCUUUGGACAAUUUAGGGGUUUCAGUUGAUGUCGUAGUAUCAUGCCUUGCUAGUCGAACUGGCGGGGUAAAGGAUUCAUGGAAGAUUGAUUAUGAGGCAACAAAGAAUAGCCUACUCGCUGGUAAGAAAUUUGGGGCAAGUCAUUUUGUAUUGCUUUCAGCAAUUUGUGUGCAGAAGCCCCUUCUUGAAUUUCAGCGAGCAAAGCUGAAAUUUGAGGCCGAGCUGAUGAAGGAAGCUGACCAGAAUGAUGGGUUUACUUAUAGUAUAGUAAGGCCUACUGCCUUCUUCAAAAGCUUGGGUGGUCAGGUUGAGUUGGUGAAAGAUGGGAAGCCUUAUGUUAUGUUUGGAGAUGGAAAGAUGUGUGCUUGUAAACCAAUAAGUGAACCAGAUUUGGCUUCUUUUAUUGCGGACUGUGUGCUGAGUGAGGACAAAAUCAACAAGAUAUUACCAAUUGGAGGACCAGGUAAGGCAUUGACACCAUUGGAACAAGGGGAGAUUCUGUUUCAACUGUUGGGUAAGGAGCCUAAGUUCUUGAAGGUUCCUAUAGGAAUAAUGGAUUUUGCUAUUGGGGUUCUUGAUUUUCUGGUUAAAAUCUUUCCUUCACUGGAAGAUGCUGUUGAGUUUGGGAAAAUUGGAAGGUAUUAUGCAGCUGAAAGCAUGUUAGUUUUAGAUCCUGAGACUGGAGAAUAUAGUGCUGAGAAGACGCCUAGCUAUGGGAAUGAUACAUUGGAAGAAUUCUUUGGCAGGGUACUGAGGGAAGGGAUGGCUGGCCAGGAAUUAGGUGAGCAGACAAUAUUUUGAGACUAUUAUGAGCUCUAUGGCUCUAAUGAAGCAACCAAUUUUGUAUCUGUUUAAAUGUUUGUAUUCAACCAAACAUUGCCGUAAUUUUUGCAAGUUUCAAGCAAUGGUUGUUGAGAGGAAGCUCAAGUCUCUGAAAGUAAUUUAUUGUUUCUUCAAUAAAGUAACAAUGCCAUUGCCCUGUCCAUAUAUAGCUAUUAUAACCUGUAGUUACAUUGAAUGUCCUGAGGUCAAGUUCUUGUUCUGGCAAUUGGUAUGGAUCUUCAUACAAAUAUAAUGUUCAGAUUCCCAAGUAUACUGCUUCAUGAAUUGCCAUGUAAUCAUGUGUUGUUCAUAUUGUCAGAAGUUAAUGUAAUCCAUGAGAGUCAGCUGCAACAAAAUUGAAUUUGGUGAACUCACAAUUAGUUUUGCUUUA